AUGCUAGGGAAACCUCUGAUGAAACUAACUCUACUUGUGAAAUUGCUUAUGCUAUGUGCAGUGCCCGACGGUGGGGUUGCUCGGAUCGCUGAGCCUACAGUCGCCGCUGCAGCAGAGGGUAUUGCUUGUCCCAUCACAUUGGGCACCUUUCGGCAGGCAGCACUGUGGAGAAUUUCCGAAGACGACCAUGCAGCUUCCGGCGCAACACUGGUUAUCUGCGCUGCAGGUUGCUGCAGGUUUGUGGUGGCGGUGGUGGUCGUCGACGUGCUGACAAUCACGCUCGUCGUGGUGGUUGUCGUGGUAGUCCGACCUCCCGUGACCGUAGUAGGCAACGUAAUGGUGGUUGUCGCCUUUGCCGUUGAAGGCUUUUGGAUGCAACUGCAAAACUGGCUCACUAAGUUUGGUGCUUGCGACAGGAGAUCGCACAAGCUGGUCAUUGUCGUAGUUGUGGUAGUCGUUGACAUAGUGGAUAAAUCAGUUUCCGUGUACGUCGAAGUGAAUGGGAGCGAAGACGGCGAGCACACCAGUCAGGCAAGCUCCUCUGACUUCUAUGACCGCGGCGUCGGCCGUCAUACACCCAAUUAUUGCAAGAGAAAGCAAGAGUUUGUGGAUCGAUUUGCACUUCAUCUUUCCGGAGUCGUAGUCAAAGGACGGGGCGCUGGAGAUGGACUUCCAAACACAAUUGUAUCUGAAUAA